AUGGUUGAGAAUCUUUUCAGAUGGCUCCCGAGUGGAUCAGCAGGUGAGUGUGGAGCGGGAGUAUUUUGUCACCUGUUCUCUGCCUGCGCUUCUGUUGGCUACAGUGCAUCUGCCUACGACGGUGAAAUCGAGGCUAUUCUAAUUGCCUUAAAACAGCUACAGUGUCGUACUGACCAAUUUUCUAGCGCCGCCAUCUUAUCUGACUCUAAAGCAGCAGCACUUCUUGAUAUUAACUCUCCACUGAUUCCCCAAUCCAUCUCCUUUCAGAAAUGCAUUGAUUAUCUGAAGGACUUGACACUAAAAGGCAAACAAAUCGUCCUCCAGUGGAUCCCGGGACAUUGCGGGAUUUGGGGUAACGAAAAAGCUGAUUUCUUGGCCAAGAAAGGAACAACUAUUGUCCAAGCAUCUCGUUGCUCCAUCUCUCUGCACUCAUUUAAACUGCUGGUCCGAAACCAAUUCCGGAACAUGCUUUCAGAGAAUUUCCGUAAAAGCAAUAUACACAAAACCUGGUUCAACUAUAUUUUAACUAUCCCAAAUCAGCCCAUGUUUAAGGCAGUUGUUCUCGUUAGACUUGUAACGGGCCGUGACUGUCUGGCCAAACACCUUUUUAGUAUAAACAUUUUUGACUGUCCUAAAUGCAAGCUCUGUAGCUUUGUGGAUGACAUGGACCUGUCCCAUAUUUCCGCCUGUCCUGCGCUCUUCUCUACUACUGCGUGUGGACGCUAUUGGGAGGCUAGGGUCCGUAUGGGCUAA